AUGGCCAUGGGCAUCCUCCUUUUCGCCGUGAUGGCCACAACGGCCACAGGGGCCGGCCUUGAUCUCACCGAGGAAGAUUGGGAUGUGAAAACAGCAGGGAAAAAUGUUUUCGUAAAGUUCUAUGCGCCAUGGUGUGGGCACUGCCAGAACAUGAAGCCGGCGUGGGACCAGCUCGCACAGGAAUACAAGGAUCAUGACCACAUCCUCAUCGCGAACGUUGACUGCAUCGGGGCCGGGAAAAGCAAGUGCGCGGAAGUGGGCAUCAAGACGUUUCCCACGUUGAAGUUCGGCAGUCCGCAUGACCUCGAGGACUACCGCGGCAGUCGAGACUUCGAAGACCUGGCCGCUUUCGCCGAGGAGGCUUUGCAACCAUCCUGCAGUCCCGAACAAGUGGAUCUCUGCGACGAAGAGCAGCAGAAGCAGCUGCAGGGCUACAUGACCUUGCCCAUGACGGAGCUGAAGUCGAAGAUCGAGGAAGGGGAGGCCGAGAGCCAGGAGGCCGAGAAGGAGCUCGAUGCGCUCCUGAAGUCCCUCCAGAGACAGUACGAGGCUGGACAGAAGUUGAAGGCACAGAAGCAGAAGGAGAUCAACGAGAGAGGCCUCUCGCUGAUGAAGGCAGCGCAGGUGUACAGAGAGUACACCAAGCAGGAGGCCUGA